UGUAGCAAUACUGACCUCCAGUGUGAGCGAUAGAAGGACGGAGCAGAGCGCGUUGUCCUUGGUCCGGGACUUCACGCCUGCCAGUUUGCGUUUUGGCAGCAAUCUGAGCCUCUCCGUGCAUGCCUCUGCUUUCUCUCUCUCUCUCGUCUUCUCUUUCUCUCUCUCUCUACAAAAUAAGUUUCAGUCUAUCUUUUUUAAAGACAGAAAGAAAGAUUACGAGAGGCAUAUUUUCCUGAUCAGCUGUCAAUGCAUCCAGACACGGCUUAUACGCAUUGGCUGAUUUAAUUGGGUGUUUAUCGUGCAAAAGUUAUUACCGUUUUAGGUGUUUUGAUCGCUCCGUCAUUCACCCCGUCUUUAUCCUUCAGGGUGGAGCAGACCAGUUCUUCCUUCUUUUUUUUUUUCUUUUUUUUUUUUUUUGCAAAGGACACGUGGUUGUUACAAACCUCUCUCAGGACGCAGCGGGGAGGCGGAGGUGGAGAGAUGCGGGCGCAGUCGGGAUGGGAGAGGACGCUGUGAGGAGGCUGCCGCUUUUUAUUCAUGGAUAUUUGGCUGCUGAGUCUCGCGCACGUUUUGGGGUAAAUACUUUUAAAAAAAAGACUCGCGUACCGGAACAUUUUCCCCAUCUCUUUUUUUUUUUCUCCAAAGGAGAGACUUGCGCUGAAUGUGGACGGUUCCAGGUGGGGAGGAGAGGAGAAAGCUAUCUGAUGUAGGUAGAUUUAUUAUGCAGUGAGAUAUGCUCUCAAUUCUUAAUAAGGCUUUCCAUCGAACAUUUACUUUUUUUUAAAGUCAUACACUGGUCAAAGAAUGGAUUUCUUCAAUAUUUCCAGCCUGGAAAAUGGAACAGAGGUGGGAAAUAUCUCUAAUUCCACAUCUGAGAGCUCUGAGUACACCCAGCUCGCGAUCUGGGGUCUGGCUGGACUUGUCAGCUUUCUCAUUUUGUUUACAAUAGUAGGCAACGUCCUAGUUGUUAUUGCAGUUUUAACCAGCAGAGCUCUCAAACCACCCCAGAACCUCUUCCUGGUGUCUUUGGCCAGCGCGGACAUACUGGUAGCCACCCUGGUCAUGCCCUUCUCUCUCGCAAAUGAACUUAUGGGCUAUUGGUUUUUUGGCAAAAUCUGGUGUGACAUCUACCUGGCUCUGGAUGUUUUAUUCUGCACCUCUUCCAUCGUUCACCUCUGUGCCAUCAGUUUGGACAGAUACUGGUCUGUGACACAGGCAGUAGAGUACAACUUAAAGAGAACACCUAAACGUGUCAAAGGCAUGAUCGUGGUGGUGUGGCUGAUCUCAGCUGUGAUCUCCUUCCCUCCACUGAUUUCAAUGGACAGGAGCAGCAGUCAGGAGAGACCCACGUGUCAGCUAAACGAUGUGACCUGGUACAUUCUCUACUCUAGCAUUGGAUCCUUCUUUGCUCCCUGUGUUAUAAUGAUCUUGGUCUACAUUCGAAUAUAUCAAGUGGCGAAAACCAGGACCAGGACACUGUCGGAGAAGAAGAGGGGUGUGGAUUCCCCUCUAGAAAAUGGGAUGGACCAAACCGAGCCGGGCAUGGGAGGGUCCAUUAAGUCCACCCAAGGUGGAAGCAUGAAAGGGCGAGAACGUGAGAACGGGCACUGCCAAGAGCAAACAGCUGGAUCCGCUCAAUCGAAUGAGCCGAAGCAUCCGACAAACAACCAUGAUGACGAGUAUGAGGAUAGCAGCUCAUCAGACGAGAAACCAAAAAAGUGCAUUGGCUCGUCGAAACAACACCAUAAUGACAGGAAAGACAGAAAGUCCAGCAGGAAGAGCAGCUCUGCUUCCAAAUACUCCAGCAGGAAGUCCCGUUCCAGCUCAAAGUCCUUGGAACUGUUCUCCUCCCGUCGGAAACGCCGCAGCACCGUCAAUCGGAAGAAGAUCUCCGCCGCCCGAGAGAAGCGCUUCACGUUUGUUCUCGCUGUGGUCAUGGGCGUUUUUGUCGUGUGCUGGUUCCCGUUCUUCUUCUCUUACAGCCUGUAUGGCAUCUGCCGCGAUCUGUGCAAGAUCCCGGAGACGCUGUUCAAGUUCUUUUUCUGGAUUGGUUACUGUAACAGCUCCCUGAACCCGGUCAUCUACACCAUCUUCAACCAGGACUUUCGCAGAGCCUUCCAGAAGAUUCUCUGUAAGUCAUGGAAACGCUCCUUUUGAGGGAGUCCUGCAUGACCGCGGUUUUAUUAGGUGGACACAAAGUCAAAUGUUUCAUGUCGUCUGACUAAGGAAGCCUGAUGUGCUUUCACGCACUUGCUUUCAGGGAUCAUAUUAGGAACGACAGGACAGUAACAGGUUGCCAAGUUUAGAUCCAUGUUUCAAAAAGGGAAUAAAACGAAGGGAGUAAACAGACGAAUUAGGCAUCUGUGUCUCUCAGACUGCUUUGGGACUCUGAUCUGGGCUUCAGCUCAUUCCCUCUAAUGGUUUUGUCUCCUCAUUAAAAAAAAAAAAAAAGAAUCAGACUCCAGCCGUUCUCUGUGAUGCAUGCCGGCCACAGUGGCUGCCUUUGGAUGAACCUGACAGCAGUUUACAGAAGAGCUCAGUUAAUAAACUCACAACACUAUAACUGAAUAUAAUUCGAAGGCCUUGACAAUCUUCAUGAUACUGUUGUGAUAUUAGUAUCUUUUUAUCUGUCUAUUUACAUGUUGUUUCUUGACCUUACUGUUCUCACACUCUCAACAUGAGGACCAAUGGGACAAAGGGGCUCCUUGCUUACUGUAUAAGUAGCAAAAACCGUUUCACCAAAAAAAAAAAAGGACAAAUAUACAAACCGAUGGACAAAAGAUCUCCUAUCUGCGCUCAUUACCAUGUGUGAGAUGAACCUAGCCAUCAGGACACGGCGCAUGAUAAACCCGGACUUGAUGGUGUGCGCAGAAGAAUGGCAGCACAGACAAUGCUUCUUUUUUUUCUUUUUUUAUUUCAUACCUUCGCAUAUUCUUUCUCCCCUCUGAGAGAGUAGCUUGAACGUGGACUGAGAGGCACAUGGAUACUCACUGAGGCUCUACUAUGCGCAUAAGCAAGAAGACGGAGACAAUGUGGGCAACAUAUGGAUAUUUUUUAGGAUAAAGUUAGCUGCAUCUUACCUCGACUGCCCGUCUGGGAUUGUUUGUAUGUGUGUCCGCUUGAGUGUCUGUCUGCUCCUGACACAGACUCCCUUCCCUUGAUGCUCAUGUCUAAUGAUUGCUGCUCAUAGAAUGAUAAAAAAAAACAUGUACAAACUUAUGUCAUGUACACAAAUACAUGAAAAACAUUUAAUCCGCUAAAAUGUUCCUCUAUCCAGCCAGAAGGGCUGAUUUUCAUGUGUAAAUAAUUGAAAAGAGUACUUUACUAUCAUUGUGUGGUGCCUCAUAAUCACACGUGUUGAUAUGAUGAAAAUGUUUUGUUUAAUGAGCAACGCUCUGAAGUAUUUUCCUGUUACAACAAGCUGUGUCCGUCUUUUUUUCUCCCUAAAGGAACAAAUGUUUACUUAUCUGGUUUGAGCACAUCUGAAAUUAUCUAAUAAAGACGUUUUCUGCA